CAGGACCACGAAGGGGUUAAAGCCAGAGUCCUGCCUCCCCGCUGCCCCUCUCCCUCUUCCUCCCCCUUUAUCCUCUCUGCUGGACUCCAUCAAUAAUGCAGCUUCAAGUUCUGGGGAGACCGCAGGGGGCCCCCCAGCCGGCUCCCCCGGCCUUGGCUCUAACUCCCACCCUCCUCCCAGCCCUAGGAGAACACGAUUCUCCAUGCUCAUUGGCCAGUUUCCUCUAAGCCCUCCCUCCGAGCACCCGGGCGCCAGUCCCAGGCGGAGGGGACGGGCUGGGGACCCCAAAGCGGGGACCGGAGGGGUGAGCCUGGCAGAGGCAGCGACACACGCGGAGAGGAGGAGAGGCUGAGGGAGGGAGGUGGAGAAGGGCGCGAGAGGCAGAGAGAGGAGACACGCAGAGACACUCAGGAGGGGAGAGACACCGAGACGCAGAGACACUCCGGAGGGGAGAGACACCGAGACGCAGAGACACCCAGGCCGGGGAGUGCGAGGGAGCGAGGCACAGACCCGGCUCAGCGAGCGCGGGGGGCGAGCCCAGAGUCCCGAGAGCCUGGGGGCGCGCCCAGCCCGGGCGCCGACCCUCCUCCCGCUCCGCGCCCUCCCCUCGGCGGGCGCGGUAUUUUUAUCCGUGAGCGAACAGCCCUCCUCCUCCUCCCGCCGCACAGCCCGCCACCUGCGCGGGGGAGCCCAGCACAGACCGCCGCCGGGACCCCGAGUUGCGCUUCCCAGCCCCGCCGCCCACCCCACGCGCCAUGGACCCCAAGGACCGCAAGAAGAUCCAGUUCUCGGUUCCCGCGCCCCCUAGCCAGCUCGACCCCCGCCAGGUGGAGAUGAUCCGGCGCAGGAGACCAACGCCUGCCAUGCUGUUCCGGCUCUCAGAGCACUCCUCACCAGAGGAGGAAGCCUCCCCCCACCAGAGAGCCUCAGGAGAGGGGCACCAUCUCAAGUCGAAGCGACCCAACCCCUGUGCCUACACACCACCUUCGCUGAAAGCUGUGCAGCGCAUUGCUGAGUCUCACCUACAGUCUAUCAGCAAUUUGAAUGAGAACCAGGCCUCAGAGGAGGAGGAUGAGCUGGGGGAGCUUCGGGAGCUGGGUUAUCCAAGAGAGGAAGACGAGGAGGAAGAGGAGGAUGAUGAAGAAGAGGAGGAAGAAGAGGACAGCCAGGCUGAAGUCCUGAAGGUCAUCAGGCAGUCUGCUGGGCAAAAGACAACCUGUGGCCAGGGUCUGGAGGGGCCCUGGGAGCGCCCACCCCCUCUGGAUGAGCCCGAGAGAGAUGGAAGCUCUGAGGACCAAGUGGAAGACCCAGCACUAAGUGAGCCUGGGGAGGAACCUCAGCGCCCUUCCCCCUCUGAGCCUGGCACAUAAGCACCCAGCCUGCAUCUCCCAGGAGGAAGUGGAGGGGACAUCGCUGCUCCCCAGAAACCCACUCUAUCCUCACCCUGUUUUGUGCCCUUCCCCUCGCCUGCUAGGGCUGCGGCUUCUGACUUCUAGAAGACUAAGGCUGGUCUGUGUUUGCUUGUUUGCCCACCUUUGGCUGAUGCCCAGAGAACCUGGGCACUUGCUGCCUGAUGCCUACCCCUGCCAGUCAUUCCUCCACUCACCCAGUGGGAGGUGGGAUGUGAGACAGCGCGCACUGGAAAAUCCAGAAAACCGGGAACAGGGAUUUGCCCUUCACAAUUCUCCCCAGAUCCUCUCCCCUGGACACAGGAGACCCACAGGGCAGGACCCUAAGAUCUGGGGAAAGGAGGUCCUGAGAACCUUGAGGUACCCUUAGAUCCUUUUCCAUCCACUCUCCUAUGGAGGAUUCCAAGUCACCAUUUCUCUCACCGGCUUCUACCAGGGUCCAGGACUAAGGCGUUUUUCUCCACAGCUUCAACAUUUUGGGAGUCUUCCCUUAAUCACCUUGCUCCUCUUGGGUGCCUGGAAGAUGGACUGGCAGAGACUUCUUUGUUGCGUUUUGUGCUUUGAUGCCAGGAAUGCCGCCUAGUAUAUAUCCCCAGUGGGGCACAUGGUAGGGGGCGCCAGGUUUUCCUUGUCCCCCAGUUGCUCUGCCCCCUUCCCCUUUUUCCCUGACUCCAGGCCUGAACCCCUCCCGUGCUGUAAUAAAUCUUUGUAAAUAACG